ACUUCUUCAACAAGUCAAUAUUUUAAACUUCUGCUUUCGUUAGUGAAGUUGUUUGGCUGAGAUAACCAGCCGCUCUUCUUCAACAUUUGUCAGUUCACGUUUGGCGUUAGUUUAACACACUGACUGCUGCGUAAGGGACCGGCACUACCUUUAUUUUGUCCUGUAUAUAGCCAGUUACACAUAAACUAUUCACAUAACUUAGCUACGUUGUUUCAGAUUGUAGUGCCAAUUUGUUACAUAGUAAAGAAGAACAAUAAACAUAUUUAUAAAGGGUGGAGGAGGAUGUACUCUCACAGCCAGAGGACAGAAGCUGUUUUUAAUUCUAGUGGUUUGGCGGAUGAUACUCCUGUAUCUCUUUCCAGACAACGGCAGCAGGUUGAACAGGUUGUGGAUGUGGUGCUUAUCUUCUUUUAAUAAUUAAGGUAAUAUUCUCUGGCCAUUAAAGUAUUUUUAUGCGACCUUGCAGGACUGUUGUAUUACAUUGCCUACGUUUCAGCUAGUUCUACAUAGAAACUGUGUCUAUAGGUAGAUCAGUCCCCUGUGAUCCCAUCGAGUACUCCUCAUGGUUCAGAAUCUGAUCUUAAAUUAAAAUCAUUCAAAUAAAAAGCAUAUUCUUAUCAUACAUGGCCCAGUGGGAUUGCAUACCUUAAAUACAUUCUGUAAAUUAUACUAAAAUGUUUUCUUUUGUAGAUUGUAGAUUGGAGAGGAGUUUGAUCCAGUUAAAGGUUAACACUUGUUGAAUUGUCAGUCUAAGCAGCUCAUAGGUUUGUAAUACUGUGUGGCUCGAGGCUUGCCAUCUGUCUGGCCAAGCUGAUUAAGUAUCACUAAAACCAAAGUGUAGGUCCCCGGAGUUAAUGAUGAGUCACAGACUCCCACUGACUAAAAUGUAUGACAACUCUAACUAUACAUGUGUGUGUUUUAUUAAUGCAGUUUCUGCUCCCACAUCAUUGUCCCUGUGGCUGUGGGUGACUGUGGGCCCGUGGUAGGGGUCUUUCAAUCAGGGGGUUGGUGGUUCAAUCCCCGCCCUAGUCGAUGUGUCCUUGAACAAAACACUUAACCCUGAAUUGCUCCCUGUAGCUGUGUCUACGGUGUAUGAAUGUAAUUGUAAGUUGCUUUGGAUAAAAACUUCAGCUAAAUCACAUGUAAUGUAAUGUAAUCUCCCUGAGAAUGAGGUGUUGUAAAUCGUGGUAGUUUCCAGUAAUAUUCAUAUACUAUUUGACAAAUAGGCAUUCAUACAGGAGGAGAAUGUUAUGUCUGUCUUGGAUUAGUCUGAUCAGCUGACGAUAAGCACACGGAGAUGAGAUGCCGGCCUGGUCUGCUUGUAACCUGUUAAAGACUCCUGCAAUGACAAUGGUGUAAUGCCAAAAACGCAACAAAAACAUCAAGGUCAACAUCACAAUCUGCUUAAGACCUUACAAAUAUACACACAUUUAAAUAUUUUAGAUAAAGGCUGUGAGAACACUACGUGAUAACUGAUUAAGUUGUGAAGUUAUCGCUUGUGAAUCUGCAUUCCUCACACUGUUACUUAUAGGUUCCAGUGUGUUGUCUACUACUUGUCUACUUCCAUAGCCUUGUAAUCCAGAUUUUGUUGAAUGGGCACUGCUAAUCUGCCCGUCUAUUUCAGGAGCAGCGACUGCGUAGGUCGAUCCUGAGGCGAGCUUUGUGUAUCAUUCACAUGCAGUAGACGAUCCAGACACGGAGCCUGAAGGCUGCACUGCAAAAAUGCCAGAGUCCUCCCUUGGGUGUCUGUCCCCAGAAGUCAAGGACACUUGCAGCAGCUCUGUUGAAUGUAGAUCAUCUCCCUUGAGACAGUUUAGCCAAUCAUCGGUGCCGGCACCGCUGCACAGAAAAUACUUUCUCAGUACCUUCUGCACAGAGCACAAUGUGCAGGAAUGUCUAUCACACAUCAAUCAGGAGGUGUCAUGUCUUGGCCUCCCCCCGGUUUGGACGGAGUCGAGCGGCAGCUCAGAGAUGAAUGUUAUGGCUGUGCUAAAUUGCAUGUAUGACCUGAUUCAGCUGCAUCACAGGGGUCGGCGGACCCUGGAAAACAUGGAAGUGGAACAGCUGAAGUCCAGGAGCAAUGUGGACUACCUGCAGCGCACCAGCACUCAACUAAAAGAGCAGCUUGAACUGGCCAAAAGAGAGAACACAGGACUUCUUGAGAGAGAACGACAGCUGCAUUUGAAAGUGAAGAGUUUGCAGAAUUGCCUGAAAAAUGAAAAAGAUGAGGUGCAAAAACUUCAGAACAUAAUUGCAAGCCGGGCCAGCCAGUACAAUCAUGAGAUGAAAAGGAAAGAAAGAGAAUUUACCAAACUGAAGGAGCGCUUGAAUCAACUUCUGGUGGACAAAAAGGAGAAGAAGCUAGCAAUUGAUGUAUUAAACAACAUUGGAAGAGCUGACGGGAAGAGAAGCCUUUGGAAAACUCAAAAGACAGAAGCAAAGCAUGAGGGGGAGAUGUAUAAGACUCUGCUGAGCGACUAUGACACCCGACAAAGGGAGAUGCUUCUGGAAAAUGCAGAGUUGAAGAAAGUGUUGCAGCAGAUAAAAAUAGAAAUGGUGUCCAUUCUGAGUUUAAGGGAACCAAUUCGCAAAGAUGCCAAAUAUCCAGAUGCUGGCAUUCAGGCUGACUCGGAGGAGGAAGAGCAAGUGUUUGAUUCCAGUCAAGAAAGUGUCGAGCUGUUUAGUGGUCACGCCCGCGAGAAGCUGACCAACAGUAUUCGCCUCCAGUGGAGAAAACUCAAGAGCCACGUUGAAAGAUUGGACAGCCAAGUCCCUUUAGCUCAGAUGGGCGAGAACAAAACACAUGAUGCUGUAUCCCGAGAGACUCAUGAGGAGGAGAUGGACGGACUGAAGCUGGAGAUCCAGCAGUGCAAAGACUUCAUUCAAACACAACAGCAGCUCCUGCAGCAGCUGAGCUCUCCGUGUGAUGAGGAGGCCACACCCCCGCCGAGCAACUGCUACAUGCUGCAGGAGAAAGAACGCUUCAGAGAGGAGUGGAAGACCCUCAAGGAACAGAGGAAGCUCUUCGAGAGGGAGAGGAGGAACUUCACUGAAGCAGCUAUAAGGCUUAGCCAUGAGAGGAAAGCCUUUGAGGACGAUCGAGCAGUGUGGCUCAAACACCAGUUUUUAAACUUGAGCCCAUUUGCUGACUCAAGGAAACCACGAAUGUCAAAGUCCAAAAGUUGCUUUUUAAUUUCUGAAACAGAGUCAAGUGCAGCAUUGGCUCCAGAAAAGCUCAUCAAAUGCCGGUCUGACACAACCUCUCCCACACCCAGAUGUGUCGCCCUCACAUCAGCAUCAACAGCAAACCUGCAUCGCACACUUUGCCUUAUGCCAGAAAACAGAUCAACCAAACAAUAUGGAAAGGCUGACCGUGUUGAAGAAUCAAGCCUCUUUUGUCAUGAAAAUGUUCCAUUUCAUCAAGGACAGUGGCAUAACCGUGAAGACCACAGCAGCCAAACACUCCAAAUGGAAAGCACCAGCUCUAUAUGAAGUCAACAUCUAUAAUAAUUAUGUUUAUUCAUUGUAAGAUGUACUGUAAAAUAACUAUUAACAGUUGAAACUAAGCAAGAGUUCUGGUUGGCUGAUGGUUUGAUGUGCUGUGUGUGACUGAGAGAACAUUUCAUUGUUUCGUUUUUUAUUAUCUUCCGGUUUUAUUUUUAGAUUAUGUGAUACAUGUAUUUUUGUAUUUAUUUAUUUAUGUGUUAGUAUAAUUCUUGGUUUGGCAGUCAUGUCUUAUGUCUAGGAUCUUAAUCUGAAGCUAUUCUUUUUUUUGGCAAUGAGGGUGUGCUAGAAAAGUUAUACAUCCCCACUAUUUGAUGUUGCUUGGCACUCAAUAAUGGUCGCUGUUGCGGCUCAACUUAUUUGGCUAUUUAUAUCUCAACUUUUCAACUUUAGCUAUUAUAUUAAACUUGUCCCGUGGCACAAUGUUAAAUUUAAAAUGUAGAUGUAAUGCUGACGUUACACUGAAUGCAAUAAGAAACUGGGUAAAGAAUGAAGUAUUGUUCUAUAGUCUGAUAUAGAAAUGUAGUUGACAACAUUGUUUUCUAGUAACUGUUGCGGAUACAUUAGUGAUGAUUGAUGUAUGAUGUUGCAGUUAAAUAUGAAGAAAGGCUACAAACACAAAACAAAUUACAAAAUGUUUUAUAUUGACAUCAGGCCAUUCUAAUGUAAAUAUGAAUGUGAAUUAUUCUCACAAUUUUCUUUAAAUUGAUGUGUUUAUUUUAGAGGCUUUAUUUGGACAGAUUAACCAAAUUCCUAACACAUGAAUGUGACUAGAUUUAAACAUUCAUGUUACAGUACAUUCUUGAAACUCUCGCCAUUUGACCUUUUAUUGGCCUCUAUUAGGAACAAUUAUUAGUUACUGAUCAACAGAACUGGUUCACCUGGACCUGGCCUGUACCUGGCCUGUAACUGUCAGCAGGACUGUUGAGUAAAUAGGUAAGAGUUGUAAUAAAUGCCUUUGUCAUUUAUUUUUGUGGUCUUGCAGAAUUGGCAAACAUUGUUGAAAUAAACAUGGACAUAAUCAGGAUCAUCAUGAACAAGAAUACAGUGAAUGUUUACUAUAACUUGUUUGAAUUAAUUUCAGAUUUCAUUACAAUUUGAUUUCAUUAAAUGUAUAACAUGUUUUUGUUUUGCUUAAAGAAGGAAAGAAUGAUGUUGUCCAUAAAUAUGGUUUAAAUGUGAACGUUCAA